CGACUCAUUAUUAUGAAUUGAACUGUUCAAACACGUAUAACAAUAUUGUCUGUAAUAAUAUCUCUCCAAAAUGCAGUGUAUUAAAGUCACGAUUUCAUCACUCCUAUUAGCAGUGCUAAUAGUUUUAUGUAUGCUUCAAAUGGCGUCAGCCGGAUAUAACUUUGGGUACGGUGUGAAUGACCCGUCGACCGGUGACAUUAAGGACCAACAGGAGACAAAGAAUGGCGAUCAGCUGACGGGCUACUACAGGCUGCUGGAUUCCGACGGUUUGGUCAGAACAGUCAACUAUCAAUCGCAUCCAUUGACUGGUUUCACGGCUCAGGUUAACAGAGACCCGAUCGGUAUGGAGGGCCAGGCUAAAUACAGGUCAGCGGAGGCUGUAGCAGCGGAGCCACAAAAGUCAUGGCCUGCAAUUCCACGCACACCCCUUAUACCCACCGCCCCAAUCGCACGUUUCGACGAUGGAAUGGCGUAUGGACCUCCAGAAGGUUACCCACAAUGGUAGACGUCUAUUGAUAUUAUUAUCAUUCAGAGAUCGUGCUUAACCCAUAUUAUGUCGCAGUUUAGUAAAUCAUACCUAAUCACUUUAACAUUGUAAGUUGUGUGUAAUAAUAAUACUUUAUAUAAUUUGUUUUUGUCUUUUUUUCACUAUUCUAAAAAAUACACAAUAAUAUGUUGUUUGCUAUUUAAA